AUGAUUGAGGCAAACUAUGUUACAAAGAAACAGGAUCUCUUUUCUGCAUACAAGCUCACUCAGGAAGAUAAGGAAGACAUCGAGAGGUUGGCCAAGGAUCCACAAAUCGGAGAAACGACGGGGCAGAGAGCUGUUUAUACCAUUGGCAAAGGUGCUUCUGCUGUGGGGCUGACAGCAGAAGUGCACAAGGAUCCUGUAACUAGGGAGUGGACCCUUGAAGCAGGAGCCCUUGUUUUUGCUGACAAAGGGAUUUGUCUUAUUGAUGAGUUCGAAAAAAUGAAUGACCAAGACAGGGUGAGUAUCCAUGAAGCAAUGGAACAACAAAGCACUAGCAUAUCAAAAGCUGGGAUAGUCACUUCUCUCCAGGCUCGUUGCUCGAAUCCUUCUCAAGAAUUGUUGAGGAAAUAUCUAACCUAUGCCAAGUUGAACAUAUUCCCAAGAUUUCACGAAAAGGAUAUGGCCAAGCUUACCAAAUUUUAUGUUGAUCUGCGAAAAGAAUCAUAUCAUGGACAAGGCGUCCCCAUAGCAGUGAGGCAUAUCGAAUCGAUGAUCAGGAUGUCUGAAGCACAUGCCAGAAUGCACCUUAGGCAGCAUGUCACAGAAGAUGUGGACAUGGCUAUACGGAGCUUCAGGCAAUACAUAACCUUCAAGAAGGAAUACCAUGGACUGCUCCUUGUACUGCUAAGGGAGCUUGUGAACAAUGCAUUGUGCUUUGAAGAGAUACCUUCUGGAUCAGCUCUUGAAGCUGAAGAGUAUGAAAUCAGCAAUUUGGAGGCCUUCUUUUCUAGCACUGAAUUUAAAGCCUUUUACGAGUUGGACGAACAAAGACAAGUUAUCAGGCAUCACCUUGUGGACGAUGACAAAUCAUAG